UAGCCAUAUUAUCAGGCCUUAAUUCACCAGUGCUUUUCACCUGCACCAGCUCUGUGAUAUUACAAGUUAGCAUGGACCAAGAAAGAAUGAAAGUUGAACAUGAUCACAGCAGGCUAACAAGGAAUAUGAGACACCUCUAGAGAAAAUUCGUAGCAAAUCGAUGUGUAUAUGCUAAGCAUGUAGUGUCUAGUUAUAUAAUUUAGCAUGCCAGAACAGUUCCCAUGAGACAAUGAACUAAGCCUCACACUACCCAUAUGAGGUAGGUAUUUUAAGUACUAGCCCCGUUUUUUACAGUGACACAUUUAAAAUGUGAGUUUUCAAAGGUGUAGUACUCUGCAGCCCUCCUGCCCCCAAGAGAGGCCAUGCAACUUCCACUGACUUCACUGCACAUUGUGCAAGUGCUGAAUGGUGGUGGUGGCCUGUGACAGACUAUCUGGUGGCCCCUUCUGGCUUUUAGCGCUAUGACUCUAAAUGCCUUUGAAAGCUAGGCCCUCUGUGACCAGGGAGAUGAAGAAGCAGACCAAAGUGGUAUAGCCAGAAAAACCAGGUGCCUCCUGGCACUGAUCUUUGCUGCCCAGCCCCACAACAUUGUGGGAAAAAUUUCCCGUUCAAAAACUGAAACUUAGCUACUGACCCCGCAGCUAAAUUGCCUAGUCUGUGUUGUACUGGAAGCGAGAUCACUAGUGUACCGAAUUCAGAGUGCUCAGUGUGACGUGCAGCAGAGUCUACUGCAUAAGGAACUAGCGUAUCAACAACGCUGUUGCAUAUUUUCUCCAUUUGAAAUUUGUCAAGAGGAUGUCAAAUAAGUGAACUGAUUUAUCUUUCAGAUGGUCAGCGGGGGCAAGAUUUCAUUCUAGUUUGUUACAGAGAGUUCCCCUACCUAUCUGCUGAAUGGCACUUAACUGACUUGCUAGCAAGACAUCUAUACUAAUAACCUUUCACUGCUCUCCACGCAAUAGGACUAUAGUAUUAUGUCUGCAAAUCACUAGAUUAAAUAUGGGGAGGGGGAGGGGGAGGGGGUAGUUUUUCUCUUUCCCAUGGUGCUUUUAUGCACCCUGGGAGAUCUACAGAACAGGCAUACUCUGCACAGCUAUUUCAAGCAUUUAAAUCACAUGGGCUCAAGAACAGUUUAAUAUACCGUGUCUAGGAAACAAGCCAACGGCAUCUCCUUAAAAUACAACAGCUACUGAGGAGAAGCAACGUUGCAGGAAAGCAACUUGUUCUAACUAAAAAGAUAAAAACUUUAUUUGCCAACAAAGAUGUCAGACAGAAGUCCCUUCGAAACAGAUAUGUUAACCCUUACCCGAUACGUUAUGGAAAAGGGGCGACGUGUUAAAGGCGCUACAGGGGAGCUGACACAGCUGCUCAACUCAGUGCUGACUGCCGUGAAGGCCAUCUCCUCUGCAGUCAGAAAGGCAGGCCUCGCCCACAUGUAUGGAAUAGCAGGAACUGUGAACGUGACUGGUGAUGAAGUGAAGAAGCUGGAUGUGCUAUCCAAUUCUCUGGUUAUUAACAUGCUACAGUCCUCCUAUGGCACCUGUGUCCUAGUCUCAGAGGAGAAUAAAGAUGCCAUUAUCACGCCACAAGACAAGAGGGGUAAAUAUGUGGUGUGCUUUGAUCCACUAGAUGGUUCUUCCAAUAUAGAUUGCUUGGCAUCAAUAGGAACGAUAUUUGCUAUCUACAAGAAGACAACAGAAGAUGAGCCCUCUGAAAAGGAUGCCUUGCAGCCAGGUCAAAAUAUCGUUGCAGCAGGCUAUGCUUUGUAUGGCAGUGCUACCCUGGUGGCUCUUUCUACUGGGCAAGGAGUGGACUGCUUCAUGCUAGAUCCGGCUCUUGGUGAAUUUGUUCUGGUGGAUAAAGAUGUGAAAAUCAAGAAGAAAGGGAAGAUCUACAGUAUCAAUGAGGGUUAUGCUAAGUACUUUGAUCCUGCGAUGACAGAGUAUUUACAAAGGAAGAAAUUCCCUGAGGAUGGCAGUGCACCCUAUGGCUCUAGAUAUGUGGGCUCGAUGGUGGCUGAUGUUCAUCGCACCCUGAUGUAUGGUGGGAUAUUCAUGUACCCAGCUAACCAGAAGAGUCCUAAGGGAAAGCUCCGGCUUCUUUAUGAGUGCAACCCCAUGGCUUUUAUCAUUGAGCAGGCUGGUGGGAUGGCUACCACAGGGACUGAGCCAGUGCUGGAUGUGAAGCCUGAGUCUAUUCACCAGAGAGUGCCAUUGAUUCUUGGUUCCCCGGAUGAUGUGCAGGAAUACCUCGCUUGUGUGCAGAAACACCAGAAAAGCAGCUAAUGGCAUUCACACACCAGAUGUUCCUCCCGCACCUGCUACAUUACUUUCCAGAAAGAGAAGCAAUCAGAAGACUUUGGUUUCUGGGAUAUUAGUUCCCCCUUUCACUGACAAAUAGAAAUAGUGAAGACUGUUCCUGAAGGUUUUAAUUCCCCUGGAAUACAAGUGCAAAAAUUUGUUAGUCUCAAUUUCUGUAGUACAAGAGUAAAAGCAAAGUCCUAAUUUUAAGACUAACAGUAGCUACUUGCUUAAUACUAACAAAGGAAGUGAAUUGUUUGGGUUACACUCUAUUUGAUCUAAGCGAGGUGUCUGAUAAUGCAGUGGCUGGCAUUCUUUGAGACAAAGCAUUUUUAUGUCAACAUUCAAGAUUUCAUUUAGAGAUGGUGUAUCUGUUGGAGGUUUCGUUGGAGACAAUUAUUAUUUUGUCAGUCCUCAUACUACCACUAGUCUUGUGAUCUGAGUGUGUUUAUGUUCCAAAUAAUAUUUGCCUUGGGUAAUUAUUAAAUAUUAAAAUUGAAUUAACUUUCCUUGGG